AUGCAGACGACCAACGGCUCAGAUUCGGCGUUGGCAACUUCCGGAGCCACUCCGCCGAUUCAGCAAACGACUCCUCCGCCUCAGCAGUGGCAGCAACAACAACAACAACCCCAACAGCAGUGGAUGGCGGCGGCGGCCAUGCAGUAUCCGGCGGCGGCGAUGAUGAUGAUGCAGCAGCAACAGAUGAUGAUGUAUCCUCACCAAUACGCUCCUUACAAUCAAGGUCCUUAUCAGCACCAUCCUCAGUUCCAAUACGGGUCUUAUCAGCACCAGCACAACCAGCACAAGCCACACGACCGUGGAUCUGGAGAAGACGUCAAGACUCUUUGGGUCGGCGAUCUUCUUCAUUGGAUGGACGAGACUUAUCUCCACACCUGCUUUUCUCACGCCGGCGAGGUUGCUUCAGUGAAAGUGAUUCGGAACAAGCUAACAUGUCAAUCAGAAGGGUAUGGUUUUGUCGAGUUUCGGUCACGUGCUGCAGCUGAAGAAGUUCUUCAGAACUACAGUGGUUCGGUGAUGCCGAACUCGGAGCAGCCCUUCCGUAUAAACUGGGCAUCUUUCAGCACCGGUGAGAAGAGAGCUGUGGAGAAUGGUCCAGAGCUAUCGAUAUUUGUUGGAGAUUUGUCUCCGGAUGUGACCGACACUGUGUUGCAAGAGCUGUUCCUUGAAAGAUAUCCAUCUGUGAAAAGCGCCAAAGUCGUGAUCGAUUCCAACACGGGCCGGUCCAAAGGCUACGGUUUCGUGAGGUUUGGUGAUGAGAGUGAGAGGUCAAGUGCUUUGACAGAAAUGAAUGGAGCUUUCUGUUCCAACAGGCAGAUGCGUGUAGGUAUUGCAACCCCUAAAAGAGCGGUUGCUAAUCAGUUACAACAUUCUUCACAAGCUGUGAUAUUAGCUGGUGGACAUGGAGGUAAUGGUUACAUGGGUCAUGGCUCGCAGUUUGAUGGCGAUUCGAAUAACGCAACAAUAUUUGUAGGCGGGCUUGACCCUGACGUUACUGAUGAAGACCUCAGAGAACCUUUUACCCAGUUUGGAGAGGUUGUUUCAGUGAAGAUCCCAGUAGGCAAAGGAUGUGGGUUUGUCCAACUUGCUAACAGGAAGGGUGCUGAAGAUGCCAUCCACAGUUUGAACGGGACAGUCAUUGGCAAGAACACUGUCAGGCUCUCAUGGGGACGAAGCCCCAACAAGCAGUGGAGAGGAGACUCAGGGCAGCAGCAGUGGAAUGGAGGAUACUCAAGAGGACAAGGUUACAACAAUGGAGGAUAUGCUAACCACCACGACUCCAACUCCUAUCAUGCGGAGGCUUGA